AUGGGCAGCAACGGGGCCGCCCCCGCGGGCGCCAACGGCUUUGAGCCUGGGGCUUUCGAGAACGGCGGCCAGCAGCAGCAGCAGCAACAGCAGCAGCAGCAGCAGUAUCCGCAGCAGCAGCAGUACGGCUACGACCCGGCAGCUGGUGGCGUCCCGCCGCCCGGGCCGUACGGGUACCCCGGUUACGCCCCACAGAUGACGGGGUACGCCCCGCAGAUGACAGGUUAUGGCUACGCGCCGCAGAUGACGGGCUAUGGCUAUACCCCGCAGAUGACCGGGGCGCCGGGCAGCAUGGCGCUCGUGCCUGUUGGCCCCAUGGGAAUGAACCCCUUCAUGAUGGGCGGCGGCGCCUACGGCGUCCCCCCCUACGGCGCCCCGCCCGCCGCCCCCGCGGCGUCGUCGAACCCCUUCAACCCCUUCAACGAGGGCGGCGCCGGCGCCAGCGCGGGCGGCGCGUUUGUUGGGCAGCGGUUGGAGAACGACCCGCUGAACGAGCUCACCGACGAGCUGCUGGGGGCGCGGCCCAAGCCCAAGGUGUCUGAGGCGGGCCCCCAGCCCAGCCUGCGCGACCUCAAGGCGCAGAGGGUGUCGGGCACAGCGUCGUGA